AUGACUUACUACGGCGACAAUGCUCCCGAACUUGCUGGUUCGGUCAUCGCGCUGACAGUGAUCGCUUUCACUCUUUUCGGUUUGCGAGUCUACACGAGACUACACAACAAUGCUUGGGGCUUGGAUGACUGGAGCAUGACAGCCGCAACUGUCCCUUUUACAGGCUUGACGAUAGCAUGCAUUGGCGGCGCCUUCAGUGGAGUUGGAGUCUACGACUCCAGACUAAGUGCACAAGAGAGUUCCCGAGGAAUGCAGUUCUUCUUCUUCUUCGAGGUCUUCUACUGCGCGGCGAUUAUCCCUAUUAAGAUGAGCAUCUCGUUCAUGCUCAUCCGCAUCGCAUCACGGAGGAUGACCUAUAUUUACAGCUUAUACGUCGUUUCAGCUAUGUUCAUUGUCAUGAACUUGAUUGCGAUGUUGUAUAUCAUUUUCCAGUGCGCACCAGUGUCGUACGCCUGGGAUACAUCGACCCCUGGCGGGAAGUGCAACCCAGCGCAGACAUUGGCCGACAUAUACUAUGCGACGACUGCGGUCAACAUUGCGACGGAUUGGUUUUGCGCACUCUUACCCAUACCGCUGCUCUGGAACGUGCAGUUGAACCGUAAUGCUAAGCUUUCGGUCGGUGUGAUUCUCGGCCUCGGUGCCUUAGCAAGUCUAUCAGCAUGCAUCCGCCUUGUCUAUACUGUAAAUCUCACUAGCUCGACCGAUUACCUUCAUGGUGUAUCUAAAGUGAUGUUGUGGGGUUACGCCGAAAAUGGCGUCGGCAUGAUCGUAGGAUGCGUCGCCACACUUCGCCCACUUCUCCAACGCGUACUCAAACUCGGAAGCAGCGGCGGUACAAAUCCUCAGCACACACCUGCAGCAGGCUAUGCGAAACGACCGAUUAUAAAGAGUCGUCUGAGUGGAAGAGACGAGGAGUGGGUAGCCCUUGAGGAUAGCCAAACGGUGAACAUGGUGCACGGACAAGGGACUGUUGGGAGUGAAGAGUACAUUUUACCUGUGAAAGGAGGAGGUAUACAGAUUACCAGAAGCGUAGAGCAGCGAUCCAGCGCCAUGAAAGACUAG